AUGGGCUGGCGGCUGCUGCUGCUGGCCCUGGCGCUGGGCGGCCGCGUCGCCUCGGCGCAGAACGACACGGAGCCCAUCGUGCUGGAGGGCAAGUGCCUGGUGGUGUGCGACUCCAACCCGGCCCCCGACGCCAAGGGCUCCUCGUCCUCCUCCUCCUCCUCGCCGCUGGGCAUCUCCGUGCGCGCCGCCAACUCCAAGGUGGCCUUCUCGGCCGUGCGGAGCACCAACCACGAGCCCUCCGAGAUGAGCAACAAGACGCGCAUCAUCUACUUCGACCAGAUCCUUGUAAAUGUGGGCAAUUUUUUCACGUUGGAGUCUGUCUUCGUAUCACCACGGAAGGGAAUUUACAGCUUCAAUUUCCACGUAAUUAAAGUCUACCAGAGUCAAACAAUUCAGGUGAACCUGAUGCUGAAUGGGAAGCCAGUGAUCUCUGCCUUCGCUGGGGACAAGGACGUCACCCGUGAGGCCGCCACCAACGGGGUCCUGCUCUACCUGGACAAGGAGGACAAGGUUUACCUGAAGCUGGAGAAGGGAAAUCUGGUUGGUGGGUGGCAGUACUCGACGUUCUCUGGCUUCCUGGUCUUCCCCCUGUAAAGUCCAUGUUCCCGUGGCGUUCAUCCAGGUGUGGACUCGUCCUUGUUCCAUGAAGAUUUUUUCUGUCAUCAUGGAGUGAUAGCUCUUUCUUGCUUCCUCGUGGGUGGUUUUGGAUUCUCUCCAUGGAUUCUGGCCCCAUCUGAACUGCUCAGAAGUUCCACAGAAUUUUGUGUGUCCAAACGCGAUAUCUUUGGCCUGAGACUAAAGCAUACAAUAAACACCAACGCUUAAGGUUUCAGCCCAGAGCUGCCUGCAAGAUUUACUCCAAUUUCCCUCCCUGGAUUCGGGGAAGAAAUGGAUUUCCUUUAACUGUGAAAAGACUGGCACCGAGUCUUUCAUGCAGGAGGGUUUGAGUUCAGACUUCAAGCAAGAGUUAGCGCGUUUCUGCCAAAGAGCCGUGUUGAUGUUUUGGCCGUGUUUGUGUCCUGGGCUGCACUGCCAUCGCCAUUCCCCUGUCCUAGGGAGGUCAUUCCCGUUCCUGAGGGCUGCCUUGAGCACUCCUCUCUGUGUUGUG